CAUGGAUGGGAUGCCAGUCCACCACAGGGGACAAUCACACAGUCAUACAUCACAGUCACAAUCACACAGUCAUACAUCACAGUCACAGUCACACAGUCAUACAUCACAGUCACACAUUAUAAGCAGUUUAUAGGCUUCUGGACUGCAAGAGCAAACCCAGACAGUAACCAGCCGCAGAGCUGCCCACAGAGCCUGCAUGCAGAGUACAGCUUGGUACAAUAGGCAUGAACUCGCAUGCUAACUAUCGACAGCAAGACGAUUAGAAACAUUUGUUGUCUUUUCAUUACAACUCGCUAACUUUCCCUGCUGUGAUUCUCUGUUCGCUCCCCCACUCACCAGUAUUAUCCACAUGUUUUUAAGUGCUACAUGAACUUUGGCUUGUCUUGACGUUUUCUCUUUAUGGGGCUAAAGUCUGAUUUGGGUGGAACAAAGCGGAGAAGCUGCUUCUCCUCUGCUCUGUGAAUACAGUGUGUGUGUGUGUGUAAACACCGCUCUGAAGGACUGUCCUGCCGGGGAGAAUGAAACUCAUCAUUCUUGAUGACUAUGACAAGGCCAGUGAAUGGGCAGCGAAAUACAUUCGGAACAGGAUCAUUCAGUUUAACCCUGGACCAGAGCGGUUCUUCACGUUGGGACUGCCUACGGGGGGAACCCCACUUGGAUGUUAUAAGAAAUUAAUAGAAUACUUCAAGAAUGGAGAGAUUUCCUUUAAAUACAUUAAAACUUUCAACAUGGAUGAAUAUGUUGGAAUUCCAAGGGAUCACCCAGAGAGCUACCAUUCCUUCAUGUGGAAUAACUUCUUCAAGCACAUCGACAUCCGGGCUGAGAACGCACACAUCCUGGACGGCAACGCUGCAGACCUGCAAGUGGAGUGUGACGCUUUUGAGGAGAAGAUCAGGGCUGCAGGAGGAAUCCAGCUCUUUGUUGGAGGAAUCGGACCGGAUGGACACAUAGCCUUCAACGAGCCUGGCUCAAGCCUCUCCUCCCGCACCAGAGUUAAGACAUUGGCUCUGGACACCAUCUUGGCAAAUGCUCGUUUUUUUGAUGGUGACCUGUCAAAGGUGCCCACGAUGGCCCUGACCGUGGGGGUGGGGACUGUCAUGGAUGCCAGAGAGGUCAUGAUUCUAAUAACAGGGGCACACAAGGCUUUCGCCCUCUACAAGGCCAUCGAAGAGGGCAUCAACCACAUGUGGACAGUGUCGGCCUUCCAGCAGCAUCCGCAGACGCUCUUCGUGUGCGAUGAAGACGCCACCCUAGAGCUGCGCGUCAAAACAGUGAAGUACUUCAAAGGUAUGAUGCACGUCCACAACGAACUGGUGAAGCCCUUGACCCCAGUGCAGAAGGGGAAUGCAAAAGUGGUGGAGAUGUCAGAGAAGCCGUACAGUGACUGAGACACCAAGACAUGCACUUGUAACAGAAUGAGUUGAUGGAUAUCUGAGAUGUUUGCGAUGUUUCACUCCAGAUCACAGUUCAGGUUCAAUGAUUAGACUGAAUAUGCAGGUUCAGGAUUUCUCUGUAACUACUCAGUAAUGGUUGUCAUGUGCACAAGCAAAUGCUUCAAGACAAAAGACCUUUCGAAAUUUUGUAUCAAUCUAUAAAAUAAAAUGUUUGGUCUUGCAUUUUAUUGCA